AACUCUCUCUGCUUUUAAUUUCAAUGCACAUUCAUUCUCAAUGAAAAGAAAAAAAACUAAGAAAAAUCCUUGUGUGUUUAAGAACAUAUUCAUUCAGCCAUGGAUGAAGAGUAUGAUGUGAUAGUCUUAGGGACUGGUCUUAAGGAAUGCAUUCUCAGUGGCCUUCUCUCCGUUAAUGGGCUCAAAGUAUUGCACAUGGACAGAAAUGACUAUUACGGCGGAGAAUCGACUUCACUUAAUCUUACGCAGCUUUGGAAACAUUUCAAGGGAGAUGAGAAGCCUCCGGAAACGCUAGGCGGAAGCAGGGAUUAUAAUGUUGACAUGGUUCCCAAGUUCAUGAUGGCCAAUGGCAGUCUGGUUCGAAUUCUCAUCCACACUGAUGUUACCAAGUAUCUUAACUUCAAGGCCGUGGAUGGUAGUUUCGUGUACAACAAGUCGAAAAUCUACAAAGUACCGGCGACCGACGUUGAAGCACUGAAAUCACCAUUGAUGGGGCUGUUUGAGAAGCGCCGUGCCAGAAAGUUCUUCAUUUAUGUCCAAGACUAUGAGGAUGACGACCCAAAAUCUCAUGAAGGACUAGACUUGAAUGUAGUGACGGCGAAAGAACUUAUCUCAAAGUAUGGGCUAGAAGAUAAUACAAUUGACUUCAUUGGUCACUCCCUGGCACUUUACAGUGAUGAUAGUUACUUGGAUCAGCCAGCUUUGAGUUUUGUUAAGCGUAUUAAGCUCUAUGCAGAGUCAUUGGCUCGGUUUCAAGGAGGAUCUCCUUAUAUCUAUCCACUAUAUGGACUGGGAGAAUUGCCUCAGGCAUUUGCACGUUUAAGUGCAGUUUAUGGAGGUACUUACAUGCUCAACAAGCCCGAAUGCAAGGUAGAAUUCGGUGAUGAUGGUAAAGUUAUCGGUGUGACUUCCGAAGGGGAAACUGCUAAGUGCAAGAAAGUUGUUUGUGAUCCAUCUUAUUUGACCGAUAGGGUUCAGAAGGUUGGAAAAGUAGCGCGUGCCAUCUGCAUAAUGAGCCAUCCUAUUCCAGAUACCAAUGAUUCGCACUCGGCCCAAGUUAUUCUGCCUCAGAAGCAACUCGGCCGUAAAUCGGACAUGUACCUUUUUUGUUGCUCAUAUGCUCAUAAUGUGGCUCCCAAGGGAAAAUACAUCGCUUUCGUUUCGACAGAGGCCGAGACCGAUGACCCCAAGGUAGAGUUGGAGCCCGGAAUUAAGCUACUGGGACCGGUGGAUGAGAUAUUCUACGACACUUACGACAGAUAUGUCCCGACUAACGACCACACAGCCGACAACUGCUUCAUAUCUGCUAGUUAUGAUCCGACGACACACUUUGAAACCACUGUGAACGAUGUGAUCCAGAUGUAUACUAAGAUUACUGGAAAAGCUCUUGAUUUAUCCGUGGACCUGAGUGCUGCCAGUGCGGCUGAAGAAUGAACUCUUCAAACUCUGUUUUCUUUUUGGUGUUGUCUCUGUUCUGUCUUCAUCA